AUGAUUAUAAUUAAGUAUUUUGAUAUUUAUGUUCCAUUGAAUCAGAAUACAAAUUCUUUUAGACAUUAUGGUUUUAAAUUUGAUAAAAUAUUAUUUUUUGAGUUACAUGAACUCUUACAUAUCAUAAAUAGUGAUAUAAAAGAAGACUAUCCUGCUUAUAUUAAAGCGUAUUUUGAACUAAAAUCGAAGUAUAAUUUAUUAAGAUCUAAUAAUGAUUUGUCUGUAAUUAUCCCUUUUAAUAAAUAUUUGUACAAGGAACUUGUUUCUCUUAACAAAUAUUAUAUUGACAAGUACAUAAAAAAGAAUUCAUCCAUUGUAGAUUGGAAUGAUAUGAAAGAACAAGAAUACAAAAGAUUAGAUAAUAAAGAGAUGUUGUUGUAUAAAACAUUAAGUACAAAGCUUUGCAAACACGAAAAUUACUUCAAGAAAAUAUCAGAAGAAGUAGAAACCUUUGUUCCUUUACACACAAAUUCUAUACAAGUCACCGAACCACCUUCAUAUUCUUCUUGUCUUUUGUUUAAAAUUAUAGAAGAUUUCAAUAAUUUUAAUAUUACAUUUCCCUCAAUUGAUAAUUCAGUGAAUUAUUUAAAAUGUCCGGUUAAAGCAAAUGAAGAGAUGAAUUUGUUAAAUUACUUUAAAUUUUUUAUUUAUUAUUGUAGAGCAGAUUUUAAUAGAAACAAAGAUGAACAUUUAGCUGAAAUUUUAUUUGUUAAUAAAUAUGUUAAAAUUAAAGAGCUGACAAAUGAAUUUAAAAAUAAAGUCAUAUGUGUAAUAUCUAACAAUGAUUAUGUUAUUUUACAUGCUAAAGAAAUUAAACUAGAUUUUACAAUUAGUGAUAAGCAUAUUAAGAAAAGAAAGAUAUAA